AGAUAGCAGUUCAGUAGCAGUGAUAGAGCGGUAUUUGGUUAGGUUAUAUUAGAUGUUAUGUUAAAACAGAACUAACAGAUUGGAAAUACAUUCUUUUAAAUUAUAAAUACAGUUUUAAAUUGUGACCCUACAUUGUGCAAAAGUUUUUAUUUUAUUAGAACAUGAAUGCAAAUACAGUUUCAAAGCCUCCAGUUGCACCAUCUGUGCAGGAAUUCAGUAUUAGAGUACCGAAAAACAGCAAGAAGAAACACAAUGUUAUGAGAUUCAAUGCGACACUGAAUGUAGAUUUUUCAAAAUGGACCCAAGUGAAAAUGGAACGAGAAAACAAUAUGAAAGAAUACAAGGGUUUGGAGGAAGAAAUGCCUAAAUUUGGUGCUGGUUCAGAAUUUGGACGUGAUGCUAGAGAAGAGGCUAGAAGAAAGAAGUAUGGUAUUACCAGUAGGAAGUAUAAACCUGAGGAUCAACCAUGGAUUUUGAAGUCGGGAGGGAAGACUGGAAAAAAAUUCAAAGGUAUACGAGAAGGAGGAGUCAGCGAAAACGCAGCAUAUUAUGUUUUCACGCAUGCUGCUGAUGGUGCCAUAGAAGCAUUUCCUUUACACGAAUGGUAUAACUUUCAGCCAAUCCAGAGAUACAAAGCUCUCAGCGCUGAAGAAGCAGAGCAGGAAUUUAGUCGUAGAAAUAAGGUGAUGAAUUAUUUUUCACUAAUGUUGCGCAAGAGAUUGAGAAAUGACGAGGAUGGUGGAGAUGAUGAGGAAUUAGAAGUUGGUAAGGGUAAGAGGCCAGGCAAAAAGGAGAAGGAACUGAAAAUAUCAGAAAUGGAUGAGUGGAUGGACAGUGAUGAUGAUGAUUCUGACAGUGGUGAGGAGGAAAAUAAAAAAGUAUCUGAAGAUGAAGAUGAUGGAAAAAAGGCAAAGAAGGGCAAAGUUCAACUGCAAAAAAAGAAAAAGAAGAAGAAUGCUUCAGAUGAUGAAGCGUUUGAGGAAAGCGACGACGGUGAUGAGGAGGGAAGGGAAUGCGAUUAUAUUUCCGACUCUUCUGAUCCCGAAUCCGAGCUGGAAGACCAAAAGGAAAUCAAGUCCGUCGCAGAAGAAGAUGCAUUGAGAAAAUUACUCGCAUCUGACGAAGACGAGGAAGAUGAAGAACAAACAGAUAAGAAGGAGGGUGAAGAAGACAAAGACGAAGACGAGGAAGGAAAGGAAAAGGAUGAUAAAGAUAAAGACAAACUUGGUAAAGAAGCGGAUAAGAGAAAAGAUAAAAAGAAGAAGAAAAAGGCGAAGAAGAAGGAUCAGAAAAAGUCAGCAUCGGGGAAGGAUUCCUCGAGUGAUUUCUCAAGCGAUUCGGAGUCUGAUUCGGAUUCAGCCUUGAAAGAGAAAGAUAACAAGAAACCUAAUAGCGCACACAGCUCUAGAUCCGCGACGCCAACGCCCGCAGCAUCCGGGGUCUCGGAUUCUCUGAAAAGAAAACAAACCAGAUCUCCAGAUUUGUCACAGGCGAAGAAAUUGAAAUUGGAUAACUUCAAUCUGGUUCCAGCAACGACGUACAUAUCGGGAGCAAACGAAUCGGGUAUUACGGAGGAUGCAGUGAGACGAUAUCUAAUGCGCAAACCCAUGACCACCACCGAGUUGCUGCAGAAAUUCAAAUCUAAGAAGACUGGUCUCACGUCCGAUCAGCUUGUCAACAUUAUGACGCAGAUAUUAAAGAAGAUAAAUCCAACCAAGCAAACUAUUAAGAGCAAGAUGUACUUAUCGAUUAAAGCGCAAUCUAAUUGACCCUCGUUUGUAUAAGUAGUUCCCAAGAUGGUUGAUUGUUAUAAUUAUGAUUUUUUUAGCACAUCAGAAAUCUUAUAGUAUUGUUACUUUACGUAAUAAGAUUUUCUAUAAAUUAAAUGUGUGUGUGUACCAAGCAUCUUUAUACAUUAAAAUUUUGUAAAAUUG